AUGUCCACUCGAGCCGACUCCGCGGCCUCGCGAACGCGACCGCGAUCUCGCCAGUCCAUCGCUCAUGUUCCGCGGUCCAAGAUGACGUCUGCUCUAGACAAAGAGAAUGCGACAGCCGAGUUUGGCGCAGCGCAGCCUUUUGCAAGCAGCACACGACCUGCACCGAAGGAUAAGAAGUCCCGAAGCAAGAGUCUAGGGCCCGGUGGACUUGAUGCCCUGAAGAAUUCCAACGGCAAUCGUCGACAGUCCACGGCUUCCUUCCCGCUCAAAUCCAUUCUCAAACCUACAGUACCCGUCUCCCCAGUGCGGAAUAUCCCAUCAUUCGAGGAAACACGCCGGCGCACCCCAGCCCGUAAUCAGCAACAAAGUCAGGAUGGUGCAAUGGACGGCGACAGCCAAGGAAAAGAAGGACUAUUGAUCGACUUUGAAACAACACCAGGCGCUCCGGCAACGGACAAUGACGACACAGCAAACCCGUUUGAUACCUUCAACGCGACCUCUGCUAUCCGUGAGGAGAUGGCUGCCACCAAGGAACGCGAUGAGAAAGAGCGCAAAGAUCGUGAACGACAGAAUAUCCUAGAGAAGCGGGAAGCGCGGCGUAAAUCUAUGGCAAAUCGGCGAGUAUCGUUUGCCCCUGAAGCGACCUUGCACACAUGGAAUGUCGUAGAAAUCCCCGACGACUCAACCUCAUCCUCUGCCGCAAACUCCACAAGACGUGCCUCUGCUGCCACCAAUACCCCGAACCAACCUGCACCCUCCCCUUCCCGAGACUCUCCAUCUUCGCCAGAGUCCGAAUUUGGCUUCUCCCCUCUCCGCACAGAGGACCUAGACCAAAUUAGAAACGGCAAAUCUUCUAAUACAGGCCAUCAAGAUCUCUCUUCUAGUCCCUUCAGUGGAAGCUCAGUCGGGAGCGAAGAUACUGGGACACAAAGUAUGGCCGGCGAAGAAGAAGACGAUGGCGAGUCGUCAGGAUCAGACGAUGGAUUUGAUGGUGAGAGCACUGCCAUGAGCAUGGAUGAUAUGACAGCUCGCUCGGGUAUGACCGCCCAGUCAGACAUGACUGCCAGCUCCAGCUCUAGUGCCAGACUCAACGAAGCAUUGCGCCAAGCGGCAAAGGAAGCAGGGACCGAGGCAGUCGACGAGGAGGGAGAAAUGUCCAUGGAAAUUGUUGAUCAAGAAAUCACGGGUGCUUUCCAACCCUGGAUUAAGAAGGGCCAGAGACAAAGCUUCGACUGGGAAGAUAUUAGCGCACGGCAUGAUCAAGAAAACAUGGAUCCAUCCAAGGGCGCCGCUAGUAGAACCUCACCAGAAUCAGAUGAUCAUCUCGAGGAUCAUCUCGAUGAAGAUGAAGAAAUGAGUAUGGACGUGACGAACGCAUUGGGACGCAUCCUUGGCAAGCCCCCAGGGCGUCGCCAGAGCACUCGUCGCAAGUCUUCUGCAGAGGAGUCCCCCUAUGAGGAUCAAACCAUGGAAAUGACCAAUGUCGUCGGGGGUAUUAUGCCGGAGGAUUCGCCGUCGAGGGUCUCUGAGGUCGACGACGACGAAGGAAUGACCAUGGAAUUCACUUCGGGGGUUGGAAAAAUCCUGGGGAACGACCCUUCUUUGACCCCCAAGUCUGAUCGCAUGAACGAUAAUCAAGACAAUGAAUCGGAAGAUGGCAUGGACAUGGAAAUGACUGGCGCCAUUGGUGGUAUCCUACAGUCAGGACAGCAAGCCAAUGACAAGGUGCACGCAAAGCUGAUGAUGGAGCUUGAGACCGACUCGGGACAGCUGAAUAGUUCCCCUUUCCAGGAAAGUGUUCGCCAAUCUCCCGCCAAGUCUCCAGCCAAAUCACCUCUCCGCUAUCAAGUUGCGGCUGUUGCAUCUGAAAGCGGAAGCCCCAGUCUGGCAAGCGUUAGGGCUAGACCUUCACGGCGCAGUUCUGCUGCAUCCAGUACACCACGGUCUGCCAGUCGUCACACAUCCCCCGCCAAGAAACCCUCAACUCCUCCUAAACAGUUCACUCCUCGAACGAAACCUACCACCCCAAGCAAGACCCCUCCAUCCGGCAAUGUGACAUUCAGAAGUGCCUCGCCGAAGAAGCUUUUCCAGCCUGAGAUUCAGCAAUCUGCAGAUAAGCGCAAGUCUCUACGCCAAAGCCUCUUUGAGCAUAAUGCGGCGACAGGAGAGGCAACCCCACUCUUCAAAUUGCAGCCUCGCGAGGCUCGCCGUUCCUCCGGACUAGGAAUUGACAAAGAAGGUCUUGGAUCGCCGCGCGUCGCCGCCAUACUUGACAAGCGCCAGUCCCUGGGAGACAGUACACCUCAAUUCAUUCCACAGGAGCAGCCCCGGUCUGGAGUGCGCUUCGAGGAUCCACUGCGUAUGCAAGCAGAGGAAGAACGUGAUCGCGAAGAAGAGGAGCUUAGAGAAGAUGGUCACCUCCCGGUGCCUCAUUCCGAGGAGCGAGAUGUGACGUCAAGCUUGAAGGACAUGAUCCAGAGUCUAAGUCCAAAGAAGACGAAGAUUGGCAGCCGUAAGAGUCUCCACGUGGGGGCUGCCCGCGGAGUUCUAGGCAAACGCCCAGUCGAGCUCGACUUGGAUGAAGAUGAAUAUGAGAACUCGCCCAAGCGACUGCGCGGGCACAAUGUCAGUCCAGUCAAAGGCGUCAAGUUGCCAGUGCCGACAGUUAGGGAGGGCAGUGUCCAGCGAUCAAUCAUUUCUCCUGCUCGUAGAGCCGUUAGCUCAUCCCCUUUGAAGGGUAGCACUACGCCUUCUCAUGAACCACGCAGUGCCUCCAAGACAUCAACUACUCCUCUCAAGCAGGGGAUUGAUAAUCUUCAUAUUGAUUCUGACGCUCAGCAGCCAGAAGAAGAGGAUGCUCCCGUUGAGGAGGAGCCUGAAAUGGAGCCUAUUCAGCUGCAAGACUUCUUGAACAUGACCAACAUCCAUUUCAUGGAGCUUACUACGACAAAGAGACGGCACACGACUGCACCUAGCAGUGCUACGAAGAAGCUGACCCGGGCAACUGGAGAGAAUAUGCCCAAACCACGCUCAAUAACAUUCGAUGAUUGUGUGGCAGCUGGGUUCUGUACAGUGCCCAUGCUUGAACUGUACCAGCACUCAUGCCGAGAGUUGAAAUCUUACAUCUCCGAAGGUCGACAAGUGAUUCGCUCCAUUGAGGCAGAGACAUAUGCGGAAAACCCAGCUCUCUUCCGGGAGUAUGUCACCGCCCCGCCUGACAUCCGUGUGAUUAUGGACAAUCAAUUCCGAAAUGUCAAGACCCAUGCUCGUCUACUAAGCAAGGCUACGUGGUACGAAUGGCGAAUGAAGCUGCUGGAGGGUCUGAAAGAGGGCCUCAACCGACACGUUGAGGAAAUGAAAGCAGACGAUGACCUGCUAACCCAACGAGAAGAGCUGCUCAGCAGUAAUGUGCCCCCUUUGGUUGAGAAGCAUGCUGCCCUCGAGGAGGAAGCGACCAACUUGCAAGAAUUGGUAGACGAAAUGGAGAAUUGUGAUCAAGACGAGCUCCGCAGCACGCGCGGCAAGCUGUCCGAGGUGGACAUUGAAAUUGCAGCUAAGAAGCGCCAACUUGAGGAGCUGCAAGCUGAGGUCCAGGAGAAGACCGCUAUUAUUCAGGCUGGAUCUGAAAUGCGAGAAGAGUUCCUGGCUCAGAUCCAGGAGGCAGAGCGCGUUAAAGAGGCGUGCCGAGGCUGGAGUGCUCGGGAGAUCAAUGAACUAAAGGCUUCCGUACAACGGAUUGAGCGCCAAACCGGCUGGUCAAUCGUCUCUGCCACCACUCCAUCGCAUGAUCAGUCAGGGCCAGUGUUGAAAAUGGCCUACCGCGACCACCUCCAACUCGAGUUCUCUCCUGGAGCAUUCAUCUCCAAGACCGAUACCCAAGACGAGAAGAAGAACCUCCCAUUGGAACUGACCCUUCAAAAGACCGCCAAAAUCUCUCCUAUUGCGUCCUUGGUCCUCCAGUCCCUUCAACGCCAUUUAUCCACAAUCCAACAAUCAUCCAUUACCCCCAAGCAACUCUUACACUUCAUCUCACGCGCAUGGGACCGUACAGUCGGCCUAGAGAAUGAAGCACGCAUGCUCGAAUUCUGCGGCGUCACCCGCCUCACCCUCUCCAAGCCCGAGGAAGGCUUGCUCUCCUUGCGCGCACGCUGCACACUCCUAGGCAAUGCAACCGCCUCCAUGUCCGGCCGCAAAGGAGCCACCCCGAAAAACAACAGCACCAAGAGAAUUGAUGUCGACUUCACCGUCCGCACCCGUAUUGAUCAAAAUGUUGCGGCAGACUCUGGUAUUGGAUCCAUGGACUUUGACAUCGACGUCCUGGCGACUAAGGUCUAUGGUUUCGGGACGGGUAAUAAGUCAGGUCUUCCUGAUAAGGAGCUACAAAGUAUUCUCGGUAAGGAGCUUGGCCAGCAGCAGGAUAGUGAUGUCCAGCUCGGGAAUGGCGUGUGGUGCAAAGCUGUCCGUAGCCUGACGGGAUCUGUUUUCUGA